AUGGCGGAUGCUCAACAACAGCAUGCCCCUGGUGGCCACUACUCGGGGUCGAACAAGAUCCCGACUAUCAACCAGUUCAUCGAAAGACUAGAUCGCGACAAGGUCACUCGCGACAAGCAGAUUGAAGAGCAAAAGAAGGCGCAGAUAUCUCAAAAGAAUGGCGAUGCAGUUCCUCACCAGCAGUCAUCGGGCUUGCACGCGAAGGAAAAUCAGCAAAAGGUCACAGACCCGACUACCGGCAAGGAGGUAGUCAUCGAAGAUGUCAACAAGGAAAUGGUUGAUGCGGCUAAGAAUCCCAUGCUCUCUGUACCAAACGCGAACCUGGGCAAGCCUACAUCGAUGGCCGAAUACAAACACAACCAAGAUGUCACCGCCCCUCCGGACCCCGUUGCUGAAGGUAGUACCUCAGACGUGCCCAUCCAUGGCGAGAAGACCAACAUUCUGUUCCACCCUACACCUUCUGUCAGCUACGAGCCCUUCUUCGCUGCCAUGGAGAAGAGAGCCACCGGUCUCUGCAUCGGUGUCUUCCUUGGAAUCGUCUUUGUCGGAAACAUCUUUGGCGGUCGCCUCUUGGGCCUCAUCCCUCUGGCCAUGUGUGUGGCGUCCGGUGUCUUCCUUUGGGCCAAGGAGGUUAUCCGCAGUGGCAGAGAAGUCGAGUGGGACACCGAGAAGAUCAGAGGCAGAACGGCCACGGCCAACCUCCUCCCCGAGUCUGUCGAAUGGAUGAACACUCUGCUUGGAAUCGUCUGGGGUCUCGUCAAUCCGGAUAUGUUCCAGAGUGUCGCCGAUACCCUCGAGGAUGUCAUGCAAGCAUCCGUUCCUGGUAUCAUCGAGAACGUCCGCGUCGCAGAGAUCAACCAAGGCAGCAACCCCAUCCGCAUCCUCAGUCUACGCGCUCUACCCGACGAGCACAUGAAAGAGAUGAAGCAAGCGAUCCAUGAGGAAAACAAGAAAACAAAGGACCCUCAGGAGGCUGCUGCCGACGAGGAGGGUGGUGACUACUACAACCUCGAGGUCUCUUUCGCAUACCAUGCCGCUCCCUCUGGCAAGAGAGCUUCGGACAGAGCCAGAAACAUGCACAUGCAACUGGUCUUCUACCUUGGUAUCAAGGGUCUGUUUGGUGUACCCCUUCCCAUCUUCGUUGAGCUGCAAGAGCUAGUCGGUACCGUCAGACUGCGCAUGGCCAUGACUCCAGAACCUCCUUUCCUCAAGACACUGACUUUCACGCUCAUGGGCGUGCCUCACGUGCAAGCAGGAUGUAUUCCCAUGGUCGAGAAGGGUGUCAAUAUUCUCAACCUCCCUCUGAUCUCCAACUUUGUCAACUACGCUAUUGGCGCGGCUGCUAGCAUGUACGUCGCUCCCAAGUCCAUGUCUCUUGACAUGAGAGCUAUGCUCCAGGGCGACGACAUCACCAAAGACGUUCAAGCUCUCGGUGUCAUGUGGAUUCGCAUCCAUCGUGCUGUUGGUCUCAGCAAGCAGGACAAGCGUGGCAGCAAAUAUGGAGGCAGCGACCCAUACAUUACCCUUUCUUUCUCCAAGUACGGAAAGCCCAUGUACUGCACUCGUGUCAUUACCGACGACUUGAACCCUAUUUGGGAGGAAACUGCUGCUGUCGAGCUGUGGGAUUCUGAUCGUCACACCGCUGAUGACAUUGUCGGCAAGGUUGAACUGUCCAUGCAAAAGAUGAUCCAACACCCCGGCAAGAUGUACCCUCAAGUCUCCAAGCUCGCCGGUAUGGAUUCUGACAGCGAGAUGCCUGGAGAGCUCCACUGGGAGGUUGGCUUCUUUGGCAAGCCUCAGUUCAGACCCGCUCUUCGUACUGAUGGCAAGAAUCACGGACUUCCCCAGAACCUUCGUGACAAGCCCGAGCUUCAGGACGACAAGGGUGUGGCCAACACUGAAACCGAUGAUGCUGUCCAGCACACGCCUCCAGACCCUCUCUGGCCAAGCGGUGUCUGCAGUAUCGUCGUCCACCAGAUUGUCAACCUCGAACUUGAUAACAUCAAGGGCACGGAAGGCAGUCGCAAGGGCAGAGAAUACGAACCCGCCAAGCCCAGUGGUGAAGGUACUGAUGAAGAGGGUGAUCAGCUUCCUACCAGUUACUGUACUAUCCUCUACAACGACGAGCUGGUCUACAGGACUCGCGCCAAGGCAGUCAGCAGUCAGCCCAUCUUCAAUGCCGGUACUGAACGAUUCGUUCGCGACUGGAGAUCCGCCGUCAUCACCGUUACCGUACGCGACUCCCGCAACCGCGAACACGACCCCAUCCUUGGAGUUGUUCCUCUCAAGUUGUCCGAUGUCAUGGAGACAAGCUCCCAGCUUAAGAUGCGCACUGGUGGUUCCAUCGGAAAGCUACCUCGCACACAAUGCCACAAGACUGACAACGGUCUUGAAUGGGAAGUGCAACACAAUGAGAAGAAGGAUCCAAUCCGCCUUCCCGUAAAGUAUCGCUACCGCAGUCCUAUCGUCUUCGAAUUCCACUUGUCUGGCAAGCGCAAGGCAGAUGCUCAUGCUGUUCUCUGGCUGCAACAUCUAGUCGACAACGAGUCUACCGAGAUUGACAUUCCCAUCUGGCGUACUUCAGCUCCUGCAAGAUUGACUCAGAACUACAUCACAGAGGACAAUGCAACCAAGGCUAUGCCUGGACUGGAUGAUCUUGAGGAGGUUGGUCGUCUCAAGUUCACUGGUCGCUUCAAGGCCGGUAUGGAUGAAAGCCACGAGCAUUUCGUUGCCGACAAUGAGUCUCGCGAGACUUACGAGACUUGGGAGGCAUGUCUUGCUGAAGGUGUCCGCACAAGAUUGGUCGAGAAGGAGAUGCCCGAUCGUGUUCAAGCCCUACACGAGAAGUCUCUUACAGAAGGACGCGACAUCCUUAAGGAGGAAGAACCGGAUGAGAAGCAAAAAUGGCUCAGCAAACAAGGCACUGACUGGAGUGGCGCGUUUGGCGAAGACCCCAAGGCCUACGUGGACUCUCAAGGCAGAAAGCGCCGCGAGCCUGGUGCUGAGCCUCCUCUCCAUGACCCUCACAACCCUAGCUCCGACGAUGACAGUGAUUCGGGUGACGAUUCCUCGAACGAUCUCGGCAUCAUGGACGCUGAUAACUCUGAGAACCGUGGUGGCGAGAGAGCAGGGAGAAAAUCGUUUGCCAGUACUACUGGCGGCAGAAGUUCCUACGACUCAUAUGCAGGCACAAACUCCACGUUCUCGGACCCCAACACGGGAGGCAGCCCCAAGAGUGUCAAUGCACAAAACAAGCGCACGGAAGAGCGCAAACAGCGUGGCCUGAUGCAGUGGAAGCCAGCUCGCAACCUCAAGUUCGCCAAGGAUGAAGGCAAGAUUGGAUUGAGGAAGAUCAAGAACAAGUUGACUGGCGGUCUCAAUGGCAGACAACCUGGUGUUGAGACUGAGACUGGAACGUAG